AUGAGCAAGACUAUAACUGAGGAGGAGAUCGAGAUUCCCGAGGCGCCCCCCGUCAUUCCGCAGGCGCCACGCCCUCCGAAGAAGCCUCGACCAGCGAGAAAGCAGGUCAAGCCCGGAGACAUCGACCGCAAAGAGACCGUACAGACGGGAAAGGAAUACAAUAUAUGGUACAACAAAUGGGCGGGAGGUGACCGGGAGGACAGCUACUCGAAUAAGACCAAAGCGCAGGCGCGCUGCCAUAUCAAGACCGACUCCGGCUUGACGCGCGCAAAUACAACCGGCAUGAAGUACCAUUGCCUCUUCUUCGCGCGAGGGAACUGUCCGUACGGCUGGGAGUGCGAGUACUUGCAUUCGCUCCCCGAUCCCAGUCAAGCACCGCCAGACAGCGCGAAAGACUGCUUCGCGCGGGACAAGUUCGCCGACUAUCGCGACGAUAUGGGUGGUGUAGGCUCCUUCAACCGGCAGAACCGCACGCUAUAUGUUGGCCGUAUCAAGGAGACGGGAACUGGACCCGAGACCGAACAGGUUGUCAUUCGACACUUCAGGGAGUGGGUUCGUGUGCUGCAGUAUCGCUCUGUCGCGUUCGUGACGUACGUGCACGAAGUGCACGCCCAGUUUGCGAAGGAGGCAAUGGCAUGCCAGUCUCUGGAUAACGACGAGAUUCUCAACGUGCGCUGGGCGACCGAAGACCCCAAUCCGGUCACCAAAGUCAUCGAGAAGCGCCGCUUGGAGGACAUGGGCCAGGAAGCCAUCCGUGAACGCAUGGACCCUCGCAUCGUCGAUGCCAUGCGCGCCGUACGUGCGUUGGAAGAUGGCGACGUUCUCGAAGAGGACAGCGACCCUGCACCGGAUGCGAAGCGGCGGCGGAUAGAGUAUACUCAGGACGAAGAGCAGGAAGGAGACGAGGACCACGAGCCGUCACCUCCGCCACAAGCACAGUCCGAGGCGCCGCCACAGGCUCAUGGGCUCUUGACCGCGGAUGCUAUGGAGGGGCUGAAGUACUUCGCGGAGAUCAGGAAACGGAAUGGAGCGACACUUGCUGUACCCAAGCCGAAAGCAGCGCCGCCGCCGAAGACGGGGAUGGGGCUUGUCGGUUACGGGAGCGAUGAGGACUCUGACUGA